AUGUCUAGCGUUUCUGGAGCUCCUACCUUUCCUUGGAAUCCCAAUUGGCAGCCACCAACCAAUACCCAACCACCACAACCGCAAGCGCAACCAAACCCAGAACCUCAGCCAAACAAUCCUAAUCCGCCUCCAAAUCACAUUCGUCCUUUGUCUUCGAGAUCACACAAGGUUUCGGGAAAUGUUUUUCAAAAGAUAACUUCUGUCUUUGAAGUCAGUCUUUAA